AUGGCAACCAUACAAGAAGUUGGCGACCGGUUGGUUCUUUGUGCCUCAUCGCACAUAUUCGUUGCUCAGAUGUCAUCGGACGGAUUAUCCAUAGAAUGUAAGUUCGAUGUGAAAGAAGUCUCGGAUUCGUUACCUCCACCGCGUAAGGAGAAAUGUGAGGAAGGAGAGCAGGAACGCGAGACGAAGAAAAUCGACGAUGCAAACAUCCAGUGUGGAUCGCUGCUGGGUGUUGCUACGUCUGCAAAGACAGUGCUUAUCUUCGAGCUACCCACAUUAUCACUCCGAAGAGGGUUUCGAAUUCCUAAAGCACCAACUUCAAUAACGUUUGAUAGGGACACUUCAUACGUGGUAGUAGGGGAUCGAGCUGGCCACGUAUGCAGGUAUGCUGUUGUUCCAACAAACGAAUGCGGGUAUACCGAUAUAACUGGAGAAGCAAGUUCAUAUGAGGGCGAACCCCUUUCGGGUACGAUUUCUAUGGUCCUUGAUGUCGCGAUGUCAAACAAUGGUCGAUACAUGUUUGUGGCAGAUCGUGACGAGAAAAUCAGAGUCUCGCGAUAUCCAGAGGUUUGUUGUUGCGCCAUCACGCGAUAUUGA